AUGCGAUUUUCAUCCUCCUCCCUCGUCUUUCUUGCCUCACACUUCGCGAAGGGUGAUUUCAUACUUCCCCAGCCAAUGAGUCAUGUUUCUACUGGCUUUCAAACUCAGAUAUCCUGGUCUACCGAUCUAGUCACUGGCCCAGUCUCUUUAUUUCUUGUUCCAGAAGGGGUGCAGGAUGCUAGCGCUUCUAUAUCUGAUAUUGGGACUCAAAUUCCAAAUGAAGGAAUGUAUCAAUGGGUUCUACGCGACAUGCCAAAUGCAGCGGAGUCAUAUUUCUCUAUACUGAUGGUCGAUUCCAAGAAUGUUAAAACGUUAUCUGGUACCUUUCUCAUUGUCGGUCUGCAAUCUUUUCAAACAGGUGGUGAACUCCGCAGAAGAGUCAAUAGCGAUACAAAAUCGUCAGAUAGUGGCAAGAAUGAAGGGUACAAAAAACACAAUUCAACGGAAACGAAAACGGUAAAGUCAAAGAGUAAAAAACCUUCGAAGUCUGCAGCUCAGGAGACUAGUUUGCCGGCUUGCAGUGCUGUAGUCACAAAGACCAAAUAUCUGUAUUUGGACGCUACCGACGGGGCUAAUACUGAGACGAAAAGCUCAGAUGGGUCGGAAUCAACCGGCGCUCCGGCAUCUUUGGGUUCCAACCUUAAGAGACGGUCUACAGAUAUCUCCGUCUCGUCUAAGUUUAUGAACCUAGGUAAAAAGUUUCCGGCGUCUAAUAGUACAUCUAGAUCAAACUCGACGUUCCAAAAUUCUAGUUUGAAACAUAACUAUGGAUUAAAUUCGUCUUCUACUUCUGAAGCUGGACCCAAGAAAGGCUAUGACUCACAAUUCUCGUCGUCUGGUUCUACAUCCGAGAAAGGCUCUGGCUCGAAGCACUCAGCAUCUAAUUCCAACUUGAAAGGCAGCUCCGGCUCAGAGUCCUCAUCUUCUGGACAUGAUUCAAAAGGGACGAAAGAUUCAUCAGGCUAUGAAUCUGGGUCUAAAGAAAGCGAUGAAUAUGGACAUGGACAUGGACACGGACACGGAUCUAGCUCUAAUGCUAGCUCCGGUCAUGAAUCCAACUCUACAUUGAAACAUACCUCUACACAAACUGAUUGUACGUUGGUAACCUCCACAACUAUCAUAUAUGUGUCGUCUAGCAGAGAUACUCACACUCAAGAGACCAAGACAUACAAAUCCAACAUCAAUAAAACCACCUUGACACAGACCAACACAAUCAUCAGCACCGCCUCCGAAUCUCUCUUCUCCAUCUCCACCCCCGCAACUCUGGCAUCAUCAUCCAUCUUAGCAUCGACCUCCACACUAGCCAUCUCGACAAUUUCCCCCGCCGGUAUAUCCACAAUAGCAAUAAGUACGGUUCAGACCACCCAAGUCUCGAUUCUCGCACCUCCCGAGUCGCUGCAAUCUACUCCCCUCUUCUCCGCCUCAACUAGCAUUCCCUCAAUUACCUCAAUCACUACACCUCCAUCUCCCAUGCUCACCUCCCCGGAAACCACAAUUAUAGUCAGCUCUCCCAAUACAUCCAGUAUACAAAGCACAGCAACCACAAUACCCACACCCAACAUACCACCAACAUACCCAUCCAUCACAAACUCACCCACUCCACCCCCGUCUCCAUCCCUCUCCUCCCAAACCACAACCACAACCUCAUCCGACAUCCAAACCACCUCUCUCCCCCCCGUAACACUCACAACCCUCUCUACCUCCACCACUCCAUCUGCAGUAUACAAUCUCACGAUUCAAAGUGCAACGGGAACUGCGCUGUCUGUUUUUACUGGGGGUGGGGGUUUGCGUUGUGCGGGUUCGAGAGAGGGAUUUGUGAUGUGGGUGGGAGUGGGGGUGGGGGUUGUGGGGUGUGUUUUGUGA